CUUGGACCGUGACGCCCAAGUGUUUCCUCCUUUCCUUUGACCACCGAACCCAUACGGCUGGCUGUCCCCCGGACGCCGCUCCCCACGGUUCAGCUCCGUUCCUCCCCCUCCUCCGCCUCCGGCUCUCUCUAUAUAGCCGCCCACCGGGGAAACGGUCCGCUCGCGCGUUCCCCACUUGGCCACUCCACUACUAGCCCGCUCGUAAGCCUCGGCGAAAAACAACCUCGUGCAUCGUCUACCGAGAGUGAGAGAGAGGAGAGAAUUGGCGAGGUGAGGAGGGAUGGGGAUGAGGCCUGGGUGGGUGGGGGCGCUGGUGGAGGAGAGCUUCUUCGUGGGGUGCGCGGCGCACGAGAACCGCAAGAAGAACGAGAAGAACAUCUUCUGCCUCGGCUGCUGCGCCAGCAUCUGCCCGCACUGCGCCCCCGCGCACCGCCACCACCCGCUCAUCCAGGUGCGGAGGUACGUGUACAAUGACGUGGUGCGGCUGGACGAUCUGGAUAGGCUCGUCGACUGCUCCUUUGUUCAGCCCUACACGAUCAACAGUGCAAAGGUGAUCUUUCUGAAGCCGCGGCCUCAGUCCAGGCCCUUCAAGGGCUCUGGCAACGUCUGCUUGACAUGUGACAGGAUCCUCCAGGAGCCUUUCCACUUCUGCUGCCUCUCUUGCAAGGUGGAUCAUGUGAUGAUGCAGGGAGGGGACCUGUCCAACAUCGUGUACGUGCCGGACCUGGGCUGCGGCUUCCCGCGGUUCGAGAACCUCCGCGUCGACGGGUUCGACGACGACGCCGGUCAGUACGGCCAGGUCACCCCCAACUCCAUCCUCGAGGACCCGACACAGCGCACCAACGGGGGCAGCGCCAGCGGCGGCUCCAGCAACGCUUCCAGGAACGCACGGCGCGGCAGUGAUGACGUCCCGAGGAAGAAGAAAGGCGGCGGCGGCGGCGGCUUCUUCCCUCAGAUCGUCCUGUCUCUCGGCAACAGGAGGAAGGGCGCGCCCCAUAGGGCGCCACUCGCCUAACCGAGCUGCAGCUAGCCACCCCAUCGCGCGCUAGUAUAUAUGUGUGUUAUUAUGUUGUUUAUUACCAUUAGCCUAGUAGUGUUAGUAGUACUCCGUUCAGUACUUAAGUGUAAUCCUAUGAUUAGCCAUGUAGAGAGAGAGUGAGGAGGAGAGAGAGGGUGUGUUGGUUGGUUGGAUGCUGGUUGCUGAGACGUCUGAGAGAGACGGAUGGCCUUUUCUAGGGCCAUCUUGUUCCAGUGUUUUGACGAGACUUGAGAGGAGGCAGGGAGAAGCAAAGCUAAGCAGCUGCUGGUAGCAACCCCCCUGUUACAAGCCCAGGUGGGCACAGGCUCCUCGUGGGUCCCCUGCUGCAGGGUGGCCCCAAGGAUACGUGGCUACCAAUUUUGUACUCGAUGUAACGGGGGUUACGCUUGCUCGAUUGCAUGCAUGCGUACACCAUUAAUUCCAGGACCUAUAUA